CAAAAAAAAAAAACCCAAAAAAAUCUCACCUGGCGUGUAUGAUCGUGUUCUCUGUCGCCUCGUCUCUAACAUUUCCCGUUUCCCCCAAAUCUCUCGUCUCCUCCAUCAUCCGUUGAUCUCUGAAGAAGAAGGAGCAGAAAGAUGGUGAUGGUGGAGCAGAAGAAGAAGAGGUUUGCUCUGUUUCUCUCGACGAGCGACUCCGAGUUCGUGAAGAAGACUUACGGUGGUUACUUCAAUGUCUUCGUUUCUACUUUCGGCGAGGAAGGUGAGCAAUGGGAUCUGUUCCGAGUCAUCGAUGGAGACUUUCCCGAUGAGAAGGAUUUAGACAAGUACGAUGGUUUCGUUAUCAGUGGUAGUCCACACGAUGCUUUCGCAGACGCCGAUUGGAUUAUUAAGCUUUGCGAGGUUUGUCAGAAGCUUGAUGAGAUGAAGAAGAAGAUUCUCGGCAUCUGUUUCGGCCACCAGAUAAUUACUAGAGUCAAAGGUGGGAAAAUAGGAAGGGCUCGUAAAGGCGCAGACAUGGGACUUAGAAGCAUAAGCAUAGCCAAAGACAACGAAAAGCUACGCAGUUACUUUGGGGAUGAGGUCCCAGCAUCUUUAGCCAUUAUAAAAUGUCAUCAGGACGAAGUGUUGGAGCUCCCUGAGUCUGCUACAGUUCUUGCCUCUUCUGAGAUAUGCCAGGUCGAGAUGUUUUCAAUUGGAGACCACUUGCUCUGCAUCCAAGGUCAUCCCGAGUAUAACAAAGAGAUUCUGUUUGAGAUCGUUGACCGUGUCCUUAAUAUGAAGCUUGUGGAGCAAGAGUUUGCGGAUAAGGCAAAGAGUACGAUGGAUACUGCACAACCAGAUAGGAAUCAAUGGCAGAAGCUCUGCAAAACCUUUCUUAAAGGUUGAUCUGAGCAAGUUUAGUUUGCUACCAAACUAUGUCAUAUCUUUGAUUAUUCUGCCAUAUCAUUUGUAUUUUCUCUUCAUCAAACAGAAAGAAACGCAUUAAACAAUCACAUUCACAAACAACCAUUUAUAUUAGCACCUUCUUCUUUA